GGCUAAGAGAGCAGGAUGAGGCCCUCUUUUGUCCUCCUUGCCUCUCUGCUGGGUCUUGCCUCGGCUGUCACAGAGAGCUACAAUGGCCAGUAUGCUGACAACUGUCCCAGUCUGUGUGCUGAUGCCGGUCCCAGUCCGGCCAACUGGACCAACAUCCACCAUCUCCGCUAUCUUGAGAGCUGUGAUCAAACUGUCCUCUUUGGUUUUAAUAUCCAAAACUCUGUCGCGGAUCCAAACAUCAUCCUCACCAUCCGCGCCUGCGUGGCCAGCCAAGGCCAGACGUACAAAGCUGCCGCCUCCCCUGAUGUGCCUCAGCAGCAAAGCCAACGUAACCUCGUUGUCGCUGAAAGCUGCGGCGCCAAGUCAGUCACGACAGCUUUCACUUCCCAAGUUGGCCUUUCGACGCUUAGCAAGACGUCCAGCACUGCUCCACAGUCUGACCAUGUGGCCGAGGCUACUCGUCAACUUGCCCUGUUCGUGGGUGAGAGCGCCGAGUGCGGCGCCACCAUCUUGUUUGCCAAGCACAAGUCUGCUGUAGUGGGCUUGUAUUCUGGUGCACAAAUCACCAAACAUGCUGCGCGAGGCUUUCUCGAUUCUUUUGCGGAAAAGCAAAUUUCUGCAAUGCAGAUUUGCCGGCCUGCCGGUGCGGCCCUGACUGUUGGAGUGGUAUCUGCUGGCUUUGUUGAUCUGGCAGCGGCUCAAGAUGCCAUCAAACACUGGAACAAUGGUCUCUGCCUUGACGGGACCAUUCCCGCUACGACCAUCAGCAUGGACGUGCUCGUGUCUACCGUGGAUAAGAGUUUCAAUGCUACUAUCAAUGCUACUAUCAUCUCCCACGGCAACAUGACUGCCAGAAGAGAACCACGAGCCCUUCUCCCAAGAGGAGAAUGCAGAACAGAGGAGGUCCAUGGGGGUGACAGUUGCGCCUCGCUGGCCAGCCGCUGUGGCAUCUCUGGAACCGACCUGGCUAAAUACAACCCGCAAAAGAACUUGUGCUCGACCCUGAAGCCCAAACAGCGCGUUUGCUGCAAUGCAGGCACAAUGCCAGACUUUCGCCCUCAGCCCCAACCCGACGGGACCUGCAACACAUAUAAAAUCAACGAUGGCGAUGGAUGUUUUGACCUGGCAGGCGCGCAUUACCUGCAACAGCAAGAUAUUGAAGACUUCAACAAAAACACCUGGGGCUGGGCCGGCUGUGCACACCUGCAGAGUGGCCAACUGAUCUGCCUCAGCAAGGGAACGCCUCCUAUGCCCUCGCCGAUCCCGGGAGCCACCUGCGGUCCACAGGUCCCGGGUACCAAGAAACCUUCCAAUGGAGCCGCACUAGCUGAUCUUAAUCCAUGUCCCCUUAAUGCAUGCUGCGAUGUCUGGGGAUUUUGCGGAACAACGGUCGACUUCUGUACCAAGUCACCUGCGGAUACUGGUGCUCCCGGUACCGCAAAGCCGGGAACUAACGGCUGUAUUUCCAACUGUGGUAUGGAUAUUGUCAACAAUGGCAAGGCACCCGAUCAGUUAAAGACCAUCGGCUAUUUUGAGGCAUUUGACCAGCUGAGGGCUUGUCUGCGAAUGAGUGUCACGGAGAUCCCGGCCAACAAGUACUCGCACGUCCACUUUGCAUUUGCCACAGUCACAUCCAGUUUCGACGUGGACAUCUCGGAUAUCGAGUAUCAAUUCAGGAAAUUUGUGAAGAUGAGCGGCUUUAAAAAGAUUCUCAGCUUUGGCGGAUGGGCAUUUUCCACAGAGUCGGGCACGUUCCAGCGCUUCAGAGAUGCCACCAAGCGGGAGCAUCGCGACACAUUCGUCAAUAACCUGGUGAGCUUCAUGAGCCGCCAAAACCUGGAUGGCUUCGAUUUUGACUGGGAGUAUCCUGGUGCACCUGAUAUUCCGGAUAUCACACCCGGAAGCCCUGACGAAGGAAACAAUUACCUUGCUUUCCUGCAGCUGCUCCGAAGCAAGCUGCCCAGCGGGAAAUCUAUUUCCAUUGCGCUGCCGGCUUCUUACUGGUACUUGAAGCAGUAUCCUGUCAAGGAUAUCAUAAAAUAUGUGGAUUACUGUAUUUACAUGACGUAUGACUUGCACGGCCAAUGGGAUGUUGAUAACAAAUCGGCCAUGCCCGGCUGCAAAGCCGGAAACUGUCUUCGAUCACACAUCAACAAGACUGAGACGCACGAUGCUAUGGUCAUGAUCACCAAAGCUGGUGUGGAAGCCCGACAGCUAGUCAUUGGCAUCACCAGUUAUGGCAGAAGCUUCCGCAUGAAUGACGCGUCCUGCUCCGGUCCCUUUUGUACCUUUGCCGGAGAUAGGACUCACUCCAUGGCCUAUGCCGGACCUUGUACCGCAACUGGUGGGUACAUCUCCAACGCUGAGCUCAACGACAUAAUCAAGAACCACGGCAGCUACUCUAUCGUCAAAUCGUACAUUGACAAGGAUUCUGACUCCAAUAUUCUCAUGUACGGUAAUCCCGGAGCGGUGGAUUGGGCGGCUUAUAUGGACGGCGAUCUCAAGGCCAACCGAAUCAACUGGAUUAAGGGCCUCAACUUUGGCGGUUCGAGUGACUGGGCCAUUGACCUCCAAAAUUACUCUGACAAUGAAAACGGCGAUGACAGCGACGACGGCGACGGUGCGGACGAUGAAGCCGGCGACGACACUCCCACCUGCCCCUCCGAUAAGAACCCGGGCACCCUGGAAGGUCUUGCUGAUAAAGCCGACUCUCUAGAUCCCGGUUGUGUCAACCUCUUUGCAAUGGAUAUUUUAUACUCGCAGCUCGUCGACAGUUUGUCUCUAUUCCAAACCAACUCGGAAGGCUACGACGACAAGUUCGGCUGGUAUGAGAAGUGGACCAAGGAGCAGAUCCAGCCGCGCAUCGACAAGUUCAUGAAGUUCGGCGAGGGCCAAGGUCUCAAGUACUUUGACUGCUACUGGAAAUAUACCGGCCGCGAUGAAACGAAAGAUUCUUGCCUCGGCAUGCCGCACAUCUGGGACAUGAAUACGGGAUGGAGCAUCCGCUACGAUCUUGUCGACAAGAAGGGCUUCUUUGACACGCUCGCGGCUGAGACGGGCAUCGAUGAGUCGUGGGUGACAUUUGGCGAUGAAACUUCAGAUUACGAGUGUGCGCUUCCUGGCGAUAUACGACCGGGUGCCGGCAACUUGCCCUGCCGGAAACUCUUUCACAAAAAGCUGAAUUACCCUCAGAAGGGCUCCAAUGACAAUAUCCACGUUGGCAAUCCUAAGAAGCUGAUCGAGGCGUCUAUGGGCAAUGUCACGGCUCUAAGAACCUCGCUCCUCUCGUCGUACCUCAGCGUGGGCCUGUCAUUCUACGACGACGGGCCAAGAGAUACCUCGGCCACCGACGCAGUAGUCGCCUACUCCAUGCCCGUACUGCAACUCGCCGAAGCCAUCAGCAGCAUGAAGGACAUUAAAGAAAUCGGCGAAAAGGCCAAGGAACAAGCAAAGAAGGACCUCAUCUUCAAGAUCCUCACCGUCAUCUUCAUGGUCAUCCCCUUUGUCGGCGAGGCCCUCGGCCCCCUGAUUGGCAGUGCAGCAUCAAUCGCUCGCAUUGCGCUUCUCAUCGGCGAAGCGGGCAACGGGGCGCUGACAGUGGCGGAAAUCAUUGAGGAUCCGACGUCUGCACCGUUUGCAAUGUUGGGCUUAAUUGCGGGUGUUGGCGGCGGGACGGGCAAGCUAUCUAAGGGGGAGGCGCUGGCGGAGGCUUCCAAGGCAAGGGGCCUGUUGAAGAGUAGCGAUUUAGCCAAGUUUCCGCAGAGGUUUAGGGAUAAGGAUGCUUUGGUGCAAAAUAUCGUAAAGGGUUUGUGUGCGAGGAAGUAG